GCCACCUUGCAAGCCUUGAGCAACUACGAUGGUCCACAGUGGCAGUUCAGAGGCGUAAGGUGAAAGGUUUACUUUUUAUCGUCGACCAGUUUUGUUGACUCAGUUUCACAAAAAAAUCGUAUCUUUAGAUGUAAACAAUACGCAAGACUGUUUCGGAGGAUUCUACUUCAAACAUCGUGUAUCAAGCCUGAGUCAAGAUGUCGACGUCAGCGAUAUAUAUUUUGGACGUAAAGGGCAAGGUGUUGAUCUCGCGGAAUUACCGUGGCGACAUCGAGACUGGUGUUAUUGAGAAGUUUAUGCCACUUGUAAUGGAACGUGAGGAGGAAGGCAAUCUUACUCCCAUCAUCCAAACUACUGAGUGUACAUAUGCAUAUAUAAAAUAUAACAACCUGUACAUUGUGUCCACUACGAAGAAGAACGCCAAUAUAUCCCUGGUAUUUGUAUUCUUGCACAAAGUGGUGCAUGUCAUGCAAGAGUAUUUUAAAGAACUGGAGGAAGAGAGUAUACGAGACAACUUUGUCGUUAUUUACGAACUCCUGGAUGAAUUGCUGGACUUUGGCUAUCCUCAAACCACCGACAGUAAGAUUCUGCAAGAAUAUAUCACUCAAGAGGGUCACAAAUUGGAGAUACAACCUAGAAUUCCUAUGGCUGUGACUAACGCUGUCUCGUGGCGAUCAGAGGGUAUCAAAUACCGCAAGAAUGAAGUUUUCCUCGAUGUAAUAGAGUCGGUAAACCUCCUGGCGAAUGCCAAUGGAAAUGUCUUGAGCUCGGAAAUUGUAGGUGCCAUAAAGAUGAGAGUCUACUUAUCGGGGAUGCCGGAAUUGAGGCUGGGUCUCAACGAUAAGGUUCUGUUCGAGUCGACAGGUCGUGGCAAGUCGAAAUCCGUGGAGCUGGAGGACGUCAAGUUUCAUCAGUGCGUCAGACUCUCCCGUUUCGAAAAUGACCGGACGAUCUCGUUUAUUCCACCGGACGGCGAGUUCGAGCUGAUGUCGUACAGACUGAAUACGCAUGUGAAACCAUUGAUAUGGAUCGAAUCUGUGAUUGAGCGGCACGCUCACAGCCGAGUGGAGUACAUGAUAAAAGCGAGAUCGCAGUUCAAGCGCCGUUCCACGGCAAACAACGUGGAGAUCGUGAUCCCGGUGCCGAACGACGCCGACUCGCCCAAGUUCAAGACCACAAUCGGCAGCGUCAAGUAUUCGCCGGAGCAGAGCGCCAUCACUUGGAUCAUUAAGUCCUUUCCCGGCGGCAAGGAGUAUCUAAUGAGGGCGCACUUCGGUCUGCCGUCCGUAGUCGGCGAAGAUGUCGAGGGCAAACCGCCCAUACAAGUGAAGUUCGAAAUACCGUACUUCACCACAUCCGGUAUUCAAGUACGGUAUUUGAAGAUAAUUGAGAAGAGCGGCUACCAAGCCCUGCCAUGGGUACGUUAUAUCACACAAAACGGGGAUUACCAGUUGCGGACGAAUUAGCCGCUGAACAACGGAGUCGACGACCAUCUCAGGAUCUCGGGUGUCUUUGUUAUGCUCGAAUACAAGGACUAGUCGAGCAGCAGACGUAGUAUGCUUCCGAAUGGAUCAAAAUCGGGGUUAAAAAAAGGAUUAGAAUUAUAAAUGCUUUUCACACGACUAUAAGGUGACUGAGAGUUUGCGGAAUACGAAGAUGAACUAGACUUUCGAAUAUCUAAUUCUUUUUUUUUUGAAGAAAUUCAGAUCCUAUUUCGCGAUUUUAAUAUUCCUCUAGAAUGGCCAAUGUAUUGUAAGUAGGAAGAUUCUUUAAAGACAUUUUACAUUUUAGAGAUAUCCUCGUCUUAAGAGUACUUAAUCUGGACAGAUUCCAUUCGGUAUUGAGAAAAGGAAACUUUUAGAUAUUUCUCGAUUUAUUUUUUAAACACGGUAAUAUAACGGCGCUUAAUGAGGUAUCAUAUAACACGAAUAUGUAAAUAUAUCGGGAAUUCCUUUUAUAACAUUUUCCUUUAACAAGGCGAGUUUAUAAAGCAAACAAAAGCGUUGGGUAUUAAUUUAAACGCUGAAUAGUAUUAUAUAAUAUAAAAAGGUUAGCGCUACAUUGUAUCAAAAAUAUCAUGUUUAACAAUCGUAAUAUUAUUAUUGUAUUGAUGUAAGAUAAUAUGAAGAUAUCGAUGUAUUAAAUUUUUAAUAGAAA